AGUCGGAGCUAGUUUUUUUCCGAGUUCCCAGAUAUUUUGAACGCACUGAAGUUGGACGUUGAAGAUUUCCGAAUUACCAUGACGUGUUCAAAACAACUAGGUUCUUGGGAAUCUCCGACUUCAGAACGUUCAAAACAAUGGGAACUCGGAAUGAUCCGAUUGGAAAAAAUAUCGAUUUGAACGGUCAUUCAACUCGGGAACUCGGGACUCUUUCUAGAGCGCCGAGUUUCCGGCCUGAAGAUCACUGACGUUUAUGAUUUGACUUUGUAUUUUUCCGAGUUCCCGGUUGUGUUGAACGCGGCAUAUGGCUUAAUGGCUGUGGUAACUAGUGACGACCGACGGACUUUUGUUUUACUACCCUUCAAUCUUUUGUUUUAACUGAAAAGUAACCAUAUUUCUGUUUGUUCUUGAGAUGGUAUCUACAAAAUUCCAGAUUUAGCAACAACUUUGGGGAGUUCCUGUUUCUAAAAUACACCGAAUCUGAGUAAAGAAAGCGCGAAAUCAACCGUUUCCAUGGCGAUGAAGCUUCGCUACUACUUGUUGUUUGCAGGCGCUGGUUGAUUUCCACAUGUUAUCCCAUACGGCUAGCUAGCUAACCAACUGAUAAUGUCAUCUGGAUUUCAAAAUUCCAUAUCCAAAGAUAGUAAUUUAUCUAUUUAUAAAUCCUCUGAAUUGUUUGAUGGUUUAUUGCACGAGAUUCCAACAACAAGUACAAAUGACACCAGCACUGUCCCUAGAAGGUACAACAAUCUGGAUGAGUUGAGUGAGGAGCUUGACAGACGAACCAAGGAGACUCAAAUGCUGCAAGAAGAAGUGGAACAUGCAACUAAAAUGACCAUAGAGAAAAUGGGACGCACAUGUCCCAGCAGCUCACCUUCACAAAUUAAUUACUUUCCCAUCUUUAUGGAUGGUUCAUCGGAGGAGAACUCAGAAGUGCUGUCUGUGAUCCAGCCUCUUACAUAUGGCCUGGAGCUGGUCAGAAGUGGCAUAACUUUCCCUGGGAAAGAUGUUUUGGAAAAUGCAAUAGGGGACUACUCUCAACAGGUGUCAGAGCUCCAAAAGCAGCUGAGUGAGACACAUGAGCUUCAUGAACAGCAGAAGUUCUACUUCCGUCAGUCCAUCAUCAAGCUGCAGACAAAAUUGCAGGAGUUCCAGAUUGAGAAAGAUGCCCUGACUGAUCUAAGAACAAAAGAGAGCAGAAAACAGGCAGAUGUAAUGGGGAAAAUGCAAGCAAUGAUCAGGGAGCUGCAAGCCGCUAAACAGACCGGGGACCAGAGGCUACUGGAGGCUGAGGAUGAAGUAAAGUCACAGAGCAGGAGAACAGAGUCAAGGGAGCGGACACUACAGGAGGUGUACUCCACGCUGUUGGCUUACGAAAAACGUUGUGGAAACAAUUUGUACACUAGCCAGGACGCACUGGGUGUUGCAGUGGAGAAAGUAUUACACGACUUGGAGCAUGCAAAUCACAAUCUGAGAGAAAGCCUUCUGCUGCUGAAGGAGCAGAUGGAGACUCAAGAACAGAAAUGCCAAGAGAAAGCAGAGAUCAUGUUGAAUGAGCAAAGGGAAAGAAUGAAGCAGCUCACUACCAGUCAUGACCAGGAGGUGGCGAUAUUGACUGAGAAAUUGAGCAGCUCCAGAGGCAGAGCCUCCAGCUUGCAUGUCCAGGUGGAGUUGUUACAAAAACAAGGUGAAAGCCAGGCUUCAGUGCACCAGUGUCAGGUCAAUGACUUGGAGUCAGCUCUCUCCGUCCUGCGCUCCGAACUACUGGACACCCAGCAGGGCCAUGAAGACAAGGUGGGUGCUCUGGAGAUGCUGUUGGCCGAGGCCCAGUCUCAGGCGGGGGAGGCCCAGAGAGGGAGAGACAGAUCCCUCCAGCAGACAGAGGAGCUGGACUCUCGGCUCUGCCAGCUCACGUUGUUGGACGAGAAGCAUCAGCGGGAGCAGCAGAAGGAGCUGGCUGUGGUGCGACGGGAGCUGGAAUUGACCGCAGACCAGCUGUACAAGGCCAGGGACGAGGAGCUGCGGCUGCAAUCCCUGAAGGGUGACCGGGACGAGGAGCUGAAGAAGGUCCAGGUGCUGCUGGAGGAGAGGGACAGGGAGCUGCAGCUGAGGCUGCAGGAGGCGCAGCAGGGACGGGCCAGGCUGGAGGAAGCCCAGGGCAUCUGCCAGGCCCUCAGGGCAGAGACUGAGAUGCUGAGACUCAAGCUGGAGGACCGGGAGAAGAUGGUGGACCUGCUGCGGCUGCAGAUGGAGAGCACCACCCAGAUGACGGUGCAGCAUGGACGUAGCAUUGACUCCCUGCACAAUGAGAAGAGCCGCCUCAGCAACCAGCUCAAUGAGCACAAGCUGGAGAUCCAACAGUUAAGGACAUGCUUAGAGCAGCGUGAGGAGUGUUUGGCGGUGCUGGAGCAGGAGAGGCGCGUACAGCAGGCUGGUCUGUCCAAACAGAGCUGCUGUGUCAAGGAGCUGACGCUGGAGAAACAGCAGCUUACCGCUGAGCUAGAGGUGCAACGCAUGCAACUGGUCUGCCUCACAGAGGAGCAUGAGGAGUUGAAGAGGCUCCACAGCAGUAAGAGUGAAGAGCAGGAGGGCGUGGUGGUGGGUCUGAAGGCCCAGCUGAAGACCACCCGGGCUGAGCUGGACCAGGCCAGGAGCACCCUGAGGACCCUGGAGGGAGCGGACGGACACGGCCUGAAGGUUGCCAUGGGGAUGCAGAAGCAGAUAACAGCCAAGCGGGAACAGAUUGACACUCUCCAUGGCCGAAUCCAGCUCCUGGAGGAGACCAUGGACAAACUGACCGAGGAGAAGCGUUACCAGAGUCAAGAGAGUAAGCGUCAGAUCCAGCUGCUGGCUUCAGUCACUGAGGAGAAGAGGCAGGUGGCAGCGGAGGUGGAGACCGUCCGCUCCCUGGAGAGACGGCUCAGGGAGAAAGUGGCCAAACUGGAGACGGCCCUACACAAGAUGUCCGAGAGCUUUGUCCACUGUCAAGACUUCAUCCAGUUGCAAGAGCAGGAGUUUGUACGGCUGAAGCUGCAGCAUGCUCUGGAUGUGACGGGCCAAAACCUGCGAGCCACAGGGAAUGCUCAGCGUGCUUCCCUCUCCAGCCCAACAGCCCUGACUGCUCUGCCCUCCAGCCAAUACGGCUCAAAGUGCCUGCUAGAGUUGAAACCCCAGCAGCUGCUGGAAAGCCCCACCACGGAGCUGCGGUCCCUAGUCAAAGAGCUACGAGGUGUGAUUUCUGAAAAUCCUGGACCACACACCAACAAAAGCACCCUCAGAAGGAGCUCUGUUCCAGAGAGAGAUCACAGGACCACACUCAACGAAGUGACCAAAAAUGUUACAAGCAAUGCCAAAAUGAUAAAAGGGACUAACAGCAGUGGUGUGGCUCACCUCCUUAGGACAACUGAUCUGGAUGAGCGGAAUUUAAACAGCACCUUCUCAAGCGCCAGUGAGUUUCUCUGCCAUGACUUCUCUUUUGCUGCAUCUCUGCCUUCCUACACAUCGUCCCCACGAGCCAUGGCACUGGGCCGCAGGUCCCCUGUACACUCACUUCUGACCUCUGACCACAACCCCACACCUCCACCACAGAGCAGGCCUCAGGCAGAAAGCCCUCUCACAGACACACACACCUUGGCCAAUCCGCAGGCUGAGUUUACAGGACACACAUGCAAGCACUUGCAAGGAAAACUGGACAGCCUCCAAAACAUAGUGGAGGACUUGCAGAUGAAGAACCAAGAAAUGUCCUCUAUGAUAAAGGGUCAGGAGAAGAGGAUGAGAAAUGUCAAAGACAAAAGGAAGCUUUAGAACAAUCAAGGCUCUGAGUGAAUGUGUACUUGUGUAACAAAAUUAAAAUUGUAUUUAAAAGUAAAGGCACUAUGAUCGUUA